UGGGGAGGUGACCUGCUUUUAUUUGCUCCUGAUGAAUCCUUAUGUCAUUUACAUAUCAACUACAAUUCCGCGUCUCACUUUUAAAUGUCUCCAGUCGCCUGCUGAGAAUUAAUUGGUAACCACUGUGUGAUCCGGUGUGACUGCGCCCCUCCCCUCCCUCCCGAGGAUGCAGGACGGGUUUACGGUCCUGAGUUCUGACUCCUGACGGCACAGAGAAGCUCCGCGAUCAUCACGAGGACAGUCCAUAAUCGCGCUCUGGCAUCUGAUUUCUUUCUUUUAAUUUCUUUCUUUUUCUUUUUUUUUUUUCUUGCGCCUUUUCUUCCCCCCUUAAAAAACACCCUUCUUCUCUGACAGCAUGAAGGAACUCGCUCUUUUGGGAUAAUUUCAAGUAUGGAUCGCUUCAAAUGUACAUUUCCGCGGAGCUGCAGCUGAGCUUUCGUUCAAGGCUGACUGGAUUCUCGCAGCGUGAUGGAUAUAAAUGAGUUCGCGGUGCUGAAACUUUUUGUUGUUGGGGUUUUAAUCAAUGUCGGGAUGAUGAGAGGACUGUCAGCUUCCGACAGUUUCAGCACAGAGCCCACUCCCCCGCGGGUGAGGAAAGUCUGCAACGAGUCCCGUCUGCAGUGGGAGGUGGAGGUUUGUGGAGAGGGAUUCAAGGAGGACAUGACUCACAUAGAUCCACAGAACUGGUGUAACCUCACACACUUCAUCAGUGAGUACCACCUCUUCACCCUCUGCACAGAGACAAAGUCCCAGAUCGUCGACUGCUACUGGCCCAAUCCGCUGGUGGAGCGCUACAUCAUCCACAUACACAAGCACUUUUUUUCCAACUGCACCAUAGACCAGCCGGUGUGGUUGGAUCCCCCGGACGACACCCUCACCAUCCUCAUCCUCAUCCCCGUUUUCCUCACCUUGGCCAUGAUUGGCCUGGUGGUCUGGUGCAGCAAGCGGAGUGACAUCCUGGCUUAGGUCACGACUAUGGAAGAGAUGGGAGUAAUGGACUGAAUUUAACGUCCCAGUCUCUUCACUAAGUAAAUACUGUACACAACGCAGGAGCGCACAGAGGACUGUUUCUGUUGGCCAAAUUAUCCUGUAAGUGGCACUGCAAACCACCUCAACUUGUUGUAGAAAUGAAGGAACCAAUGGUAGAGCAAAGUAGUGUUUUCUUUAAUAUUUUUGUAUAUUAUAUGUACUUUUCCCACAUUUUGGAUCGUCUAUUAUUCAACUGUUCAAUGUUGAAUGUGUCCAUAUCGAGUAGAAGCUGAAGGGGAUGUGUUUUAUUGCUUUCUUCCAGAGAACGAUAAUACCGCUCUCAUGUCUGCGUGGUGAGUACAGGUGGAUGCUGGUUACCUUAGUGUAGCUCAAACAUGGAUGAAAACAAAAUCCAGUGAUUAAUACAUAACACCAUAUCAUUCAGUUAAACCUAAUAAAACCACAACUUUGACACUGGAGUUUGCCUGGAUUAAGGAAGUGUGUGAGGUAGUGAGUGAUGCAUGGCCUUGUACGUAGAGUUCUUGUGCGGAUCCGUGUGGAGUGUUUCCUGUAUUUAUGCUAAGCUAACCAGUAGAUGGCUGUAACUUUUUUAUUCUAAGACAACACAUCUGAUUCUUGACAAGAACGUAAAUAAGCAUUUCCCAAAAAGGUUGAACUGUUCCUCUGAGAUGCAGAGGAUUUUGUUUGUUUAUUUGUCAUGGGGUAAUUUGACCAGCGGAAAAAUGACCAAAUCUUGGAUGCAUUCUUAAACCUCAUGGAUACAGACUUUUGAUCUUGUUACAGCACUGUAUCACUUUUGAAGGCCAAAGCACUCAACAAGCAUCAAAGUCAGUGAUUGACCUCUGAACUGGUGGGAUGUACGACUCCCCAAGGACAUUGCUGUUAAAUAUAUUAACAUGAUACUGUGUGAUUUGUUGGAAGAGGUAAAAAGGAAAAAGGCCAGACUGUCAUUUCAAGAGAUACAAAGUUUAUGCUUGUUGAUGACUAUCUGAAUGGACUUUAACCACUGGAAAGGAUACACUGCCCAAAGAGAAGGCGACACUGUGGGACUUGAAUUUCUUGUGUGUGUAGCUGAGCCCCAAAAGACUGUUUUAAAACAGUGUAACUUAUCAGAUACUGUUGACUAAAAUACAGCUGUUAUUCACAAACAGGGGUUCUCAAGCUAUGGACUGACGCUGAGACCUCUUAUUGUAUAGUCAUGCUCUCUGCCUGUGCUCUCUACUGUAUGUGCAUCUCCUCUCCAUCGUUGCUCAACUCUGGUGAACAUACACCCCGAUGCGUCGAACUGAAUUCUUUUCGAUAGGGGUUUAAUUUAAUGUACCUGCUUCAUCUGCCUAUUUUUGGACAGUCCUCACCAGCCUCGAGUCAAACCGAGCAAAACGCUGCUUGUUUUAUUUGUCUUUAAAGUGGCAUCUCUUUGCCAGCACCUACACACUGUGUCUCACUGAAGCUGUUGUCUGUGGAAACAAGAACUUCCCUUCAUUAAAUUUCAAAUUUCUCUUG